AUGGAUGCGGAGCUUUGGUUCCACCUCUUCAUGCGAACCUGUUGGCCGCCCUCAGGAGCGCUGCUAGCCUUUGCCGAAGGCACCACCACGCCUGUUGGCAUCGAUUGGCGGGCUCGUCUGCAAGCUCGAGCUGCCGCCGUGCCAACAAUCGUCGUUGACGUGGGCAGGGGGUACACCAAGUACACAGUGGCUGAUGGGAUUCAAGGACGCUGGGAGUUGGAUGGCUGUCCACCACAGAUUGUGCAGCUGUGUUCUUCGCCUACGCAUCCUCCAGACUGUGAGAGGAAUGAUCAGCUUCGGUACAUCCAGUAUCUGCUUAACCGAGAAUUCCUCCUGGCUGCUGCGAACCCAUCGCACCGACUCCACAGGGCGGCGCUUGCGCCACUUUCUCAUCUCAAGGCGGGCAGCUACGCCAUCUGGAGUGAUGGCGAAGAGCACAAGCCUGUCAAGAUAUCUUCCAUGGAUGAGACUACAGGCACCAGCAAAGUGGAAGUGCUGCAGAAAAGAAUCACUUCUACCGCAGAGACGAAGAAUCUUGCGCCCAUCCGCCAGGCCCAGGAUCUUCCAAUCUUGAUUGGGGAGCCCUUCGCGAUUACUGCUGCGGGCAGUGGGGAGAAAGGGUCCUGGGAGCAGAACAUCCGCUCGCAGCUUGGGAAUGAUCGUCCCGGUGCAGUUCAGGUGGUUUCGCAAGCACAGAUGGCCUUGUGGGCCCAUGGCGUAGACCACGGAAUCGUCGUCAACAUCGGGCAAGGUCAGACCGUUGCGCUUCCCGUAGUGAAGGGUGAGGUCGUGUCCCAGUGCGCGCUGAGCUCCAGCGUGGGAAGUGGCGACCUGACCCAGGUCAUGGUUUCGCUGAUGGCCAGGAAGCAUCCCGCUAUCGUGGAUAGCUCUUUGAUGACCUGGUGCCGUGACCUGAAGGAGAACUACUGCUAUGUCUCACCACCCGGCCGCGGCUGCAUGCGGAGUCGACUGGCCGCGGGUGACGACUACGGGAUUCGGCCUGUCGAUGUAGAGCUGCCUCAGUACGCCUCAGCCCGGACGGAGGACAACACCCUGGAGCUUGCGGAGGAACGUGUGCUAGUGCCCGAAGUCCUCUUCGAGUCGAAUCGCGGGAUGGGCCUGCCAGGCAUCAUCGUGCGCUGCGCAGAUGCCGUGCUUGCUUCGGGGAGGACCAACGAGGAGGGCGUGAGGAAUUUGCUGCGACAAGUCGUUCUCGUUGGUGGCGCCGCGGAUUUCCCGGGCAUCCGGCCCCGGGUGGAGUACGAAAUGCGGAGUCUUCUGCAGAGCAGCCAGUUCGAGCGCCUUCGGGCCUGCCUGGACUCCGCGGAAGAUGUCUUUGUUCUGAACCCUCCGCGUGGAGAGCACGGGCCGCUGGUGACGCCCAGGUUCGUGCCCUUGUUCGGCGGCUGCGUGCGGGCGGCAAGCUCUAAGGGUUACGGAGCAUGGGAGAGAGAUAGCAAUGUCGGAGCUCUUCGCAGCCUCCCGCUCCUGGCGGAGAUGCCUGAGGGGCCUGUAAGUAGUCGUCAGGUUUUCUGGCAACAGAGGAUGCGGAGGAUGCUCGCACUGCAGCUGCCUGACAUCUUCCGUACUGGUGGUGGUGGGGGCGAGGAUGACCAAGUCUGGCAAAUGCUGGACGAUGAGGACGGGGUGGAGUCGGAGAGCUCCAACAUGGACUUCGGAGAACAGGGAGAGUCCGAGAGUCAGGAGUUUUCUCCAUCGAGCCCUUCAGAGUGGUUGGGCACUGAAGAAACAGAAGCAGAUCCCGGUCAUGGGAGAGCCUCUUCCGCCGGAGGCAGAAGCAAGGGAAAGGGGAAAGGAAAAGGCACAAGCGGCAAAGGCAAGGGAAAAAGUCGAGCAAGGAGAACACGGCUGGUCUGGAGGCCAGUGCAGGCCGAGUGA